ACCCCCUCGCUCCGUCUGCCCUAACUAAUCGAUCCUCUUCCCCUUGCGGCGGCGGGACGACGUCGCGCGACGCCUCUCUUUACUUCCUCGCGGCUCCCUCCUCCUCCCUGCCGGCCACAGAUCGACGAGUACUUCCUGCUUCCUCCUCGAUCACUGGCCCAUUGUCUCAGAUCCAUCAGGACUUGAUCGAUUUCCUCUUUUGUUGCUUAGGUUAAAAUCAAAUAAUAUUUUAUCGAGCGGAUAAUACAAGGCCUACCCCAGAAGGAAUACCCCUGUGCAGCAGGCGAAAAACUGUCUCCUUGUGCCGCAUUGUUUGGUCUCUUUUGCAGUUGCAGGGGGAGAAACUAAACAUUCUAGUGGAGAAGCACUUUCAUUUGUCUACAUUAGUUGAUUUGUUGGGCUUUAACCGUUUUGAACGGUGUGCAGAUUUAGCUUAAAAAGUGAUCAGUUUACCAGGAGCAAGAUCUAGCCCUGAUGACAGAGUCCUAAUCCCUGAACUAGAUUGCAGAUCAUUUGGUCAUUCUAUUCACUUUUUCUCCUGAUAUUAACAUUUUUGAGUUAGUGUGCAGAUUAGGUUUAAAAAGGGAUUGGGAUUAGGAUUUUCUUGCGAGAACUGGAAUUUUACUUGUUGGUGAUCCUAAAAGAUUCAUAUGUUUUGUGAACCUGGUUGUUUUAGCUGCCUAUGUUCCUUUUUGUCUACUUAGUCUUGCACACUGACGACCUUAAUUGAGGUUUAGUGCCAAUCAGAGGGUUAAAUCAUGGCAGAGCACUUGGCUUCGAUCUUUGGCACUGAGAAGGAUAGGGUCAACUGCCCGUUUUACUUCAAGAUUGGGGCUUGUCGUCAUGGGGAUCGCUGCUCUCGUCUGCACAACAGGCCAACCAUAUCUCCAACUCUUGUGCUUGCUAACAUGUAUCAGCGCCCUGAUAUGAUAACCCCUGGUGUUGAUGCUCAAGGCCAACCUAUUGAUCCUGAGAAGAUGCAGGAGCAUUUUGAGGACUUUUACGAAGACAUCUAUGAGGAACUGGGCAAGUUUGGUGAGAUUGAGAACCUGAACGUCUGCGAUAACCUUGCUGACCACAUGAUAGGGAAUGUCUAUGUCCAGUUCAGGGAGGAAGAACAGGCAGCUGCAGCAUACAAUGCUCUUCAGGGCCGCUUUUACUCCGGUCGCCCGAUAAUUGUGGAGUAUUCUCCUGUGACCGACUUCCGUGAAGCAACCUGUAGGCAGUUUGAGGAGAACAGCUGCAACCGUGGUGGCUACUGUAAUUUCAUGCAUGUGAAGCAGAUAGGCAGGGAUCUCAGGAGGAAGCUCUAUGGGCAUUCCAGUUCCAGGAGGUAUCAUGGGGGGAGAAGCCGCAGCCCAAGCCCACACCACAGGAGGGGCCAUCGUGAUCGCGAUGACUACCACCGGGACCGUGAUGAUUACCGUGGGGGUGGUGGUGGACGUGAUGAUUACCGUGGGGGUGGUGGUGGACGUGAUGACUACCGUGGGGGUGGUGGUGGACGGGGUAGAGGCAGCAGACAUGACAGGUAUGAUGAUGGAGGGGGUAGAGGCAGCAGGCCUGACAGGUAUGACGAUGGAGGAAGGCGCAGGCAUGGUAGCCCCCCAAGGCGUGCAAGGAGCCCAGUCAGGGAAAGCAGCGAGGAGCGCAGGGCCAAGAUCGAACAAUGGAACCGUGAACGGGAGGCAAGGCAGUGAGGUUUCUGUUGCAAGUGUCGCGACAGGGGCAUUAUUCGCUGGAGUUCUUGCUUAUCUCGUUGGUUACCACUAUAUAUUCUAGUAGUCGUGUGUGGGUUGAUAUUAUGCUUGGCUAAGUAACCUUAAGUGCAGGAUUCCUCUGUUUAUUUCGGUUAGUCAGACAUGUAAACCUUCAUUUGUUUUCAUCUGUGUUGUGUCGGAUCUUUUGCCAGUAUGUUAUGCUGUCGUGCUGUGCUAAGCUAGCAUUGGUAUAAAUCGUUCGUGGUUUUAGCAUUA